GCUGCGCGUCUGAGUGAGAGAAGAAAAAAUGUGGUUGUCUAUUUCCGGCUUUGAGUUGAUGUGUGCACAGAAGAGAGAAGAGAAACUUCCUUGACUGUAGGGCUAACUAUAGAGUUUUCUGUUGCAAGGGCAGGUUUUCAAAUGCUGUGCACACAGUAGUUGAAGAUAAACAGACUUUUUAAUCACAGGACCAUGAGCCGUGGAUCUAAAACUAAAACAGAGAGCAUUCAGAGCUAUCUGCUGAGCCCACAGGAGAAUGAGAAGUUGGAGGAGCUGCUGGGCAGAAGGUGUGCUUCCAUAGCCACCGCAGUCGCACAGCUGUUCAUGGCUCUACCUCACAGUCCAUCUAUGUGGAGUUUGCAGCACACUGGGGUGAUCUGCUUUGUCAAAGACAACCCCCAGCGCUCCUAUUACAUACGGAUGUUUGAUUUAAAGGUGGGGAGAAUGGUUUGGGAGCAGGAACUCUACAACCAAAUCAUUUACUCAGCCCCAAGGCCUUUCUUUCAUACCUUUCCUGCAGAUGACUGCCAGGUUGGACUGAACUUCUCUGACCAGCAGGAAGCAGAUGCUUUCCAGACCGCUGUUCAGGAAAAAAUCAACCAAAGGAACACACGGCAAGACAAGAAACAGCGCCCCCCGCAGACUAGUGAAAGAGGUUCCCUGCCUCCAAUCCCACCUGAAAAGGCAGGACCUACUAGCCCCAGUUCUUUUCACAUGGCCACAGUGGACAUCCAAAACCCAGAUAUCCAGUCUUCACGUUAUCGCUCGGUGCCUACACCUGCUGCUUCCUCAGCUGUGACAAGCAAAGGAAAGAAGAGCAAGAAGAAAGAAAAAGGGAAAAAGGGCCCCAAACUCUCCAAAGCAGACAUAGGAGCACCAAGUGGAUUUAAGCAUGUAAGUCAUGUCGGAUGGGACCCUAACAAUCUGGACCCCGACCUGAUGAAGCUGCUGUCCCAAGCUGGCAUUAGUGAAGCUGAAAUGAGGGAUGAAAAAACCUCUCAGCUCAUCUAUAAUGUUAUUGAACAGUCAGGAGGGAUGGAGGCGGUCAAAAGGGAGGUGAACAGAUCAGCUGCUGGACCUCCUCCUCCUCCACCUGGCAGACAGGGGCCCCUCCCUCCUCUGCCAGGGUCUAGCCCCUCUGCUCCAGCCCCUCCACCCCAACGAGGUCGCUCUGGCCCCCUGCCUCCAGUCCCAGGUCAUUCACAACGAGGAACCCCACCCCCUCAGCCUCCUCCAUCUCGUGGAGCUUUACCACCGCCUCCUCCAGGAAGCCGAAGUGGCCCUCCGCCACCCCCACCAUCACAUGCUCCACCUCCUCCAUCUUCAAGGUCUCCUCAUGCCCCACCUCUUAUGUCUUCCCAUGCUCCUCCUCCCCCACCGCCAUCAAGCCAACAGCGCUCUGCAGGUUUUCCACCUCCUCCUGUCCCAUCUACACCCAGCAGAGGGGGUGGUGGAGGAGGAGGAGGAGGAGGAGGAGGAGGAGGAGGAGGCCCACCACCUCCCCCUCCACCACCUCCACCACCUCCUCCCCAAACCUCUGUUCCUUCAAAUUUCCCUCCUCCUCCUCCUAUUUCUGGUUCCCCAGCACCAGUAGCUGCUCCCGCUUCCACUGGCGGCGGAGACAGCAGAGGAGCUCUGCUGGAUCAGAUCCGACUCGGGAAGAAGCUCAGAAAUGUAACAGAAAACCCUGAUCCACCUCCGUCUGCACCAACUGAGUCAGGUGAAGGCAUCGUUGGUGCUCUCAUGAUGGUCAUGCAGAAGAGGAGCAAAGUCAUUCAUUCCUCUGAUGAAAGUGAAGAUGACGGCGGGGAUGAAGACGAUGAUGACGACGAGUGGGACGACUGAUGUAGCCGUUCUUGUCUUUGUGAAUUUUAAACUUGAGCUGUGAUGUUUGUGUUAAACCUAUGAACUGUUACACUGUCAACACUGUUACAUGAAAGGAUUUGUUACAGGUUCAUCAACAAGAGUAUCGCUUGUGUGAUAACGACUGUUUG